AUAUGGAAAGAGCUUGACUGUCGUGUUACUGAUUCUGCCAAUGAAGCUAAGGAUAAUGUUAAGUUCCUGUACACAUUGGAGAAGUUCUGUGAACCACUCUAUCAUUCAAAUCCAAUUGGUAUGGUGGAAUGCAUUCCAAGCCUUAUCAAUGCUAUUCGGAUGAUCCACAGUAUCUCCCAGUACUACAACACAUCAGAAAGGAUGACUUCAUUAUUCAUUAAGGUCACCAAUCAAAUGGUUACAGCAUGCAAACAUUUCAUUACAAACAAUGGAAUGGAUCGUAUUUGGGACCAACCUUGUGCACCACUUAUUGGAAAACUGAAGGCGUCAAUGCAGCUGUACAAAGAAUAUCAGAAAAGCUUUCAUAAGACCAAGAAAAAGAUUGAUGAAAUACCAGGGGAGCGUCCAUUUGAGUUUUCUGAGAU